AUGCCCGCCCCCGCAGCAAACAAGCGCGUCAAGAACAAGCGCGUGAGCCGGAAUAUCAUCAUUGGCUCCGAAGCCUGGGCCCUCCCUCCUGUAGGCCAUCCCGACCGCCCCAAGGGUGUACCCGACGAUCACACCAAGCGAUGGACAGUCUACGUGCGACAACCAGACGGUGACCCUUCGCUCACAACGUGGCUCAACAAAGUCCAAUUCAAGAUCUUCAAUACCUACGAGAACCCACUCCGCACUUGCGACAAUCCGCCCUUCCAGGUAACCGAGACCGGCUGGGGCGGGUUCACCAUCGAUAUACGGUUACAUUUUCAGCCCAUCAGCGGCGAGAAGGCUCAGUACAGGCAGCACUUCCUGCAAUUGGAGAAAUACGGCGAUGAGAAGCUACAGGCAGAACAGGAGAAGACGGGCUGUGUGAGGAGCGAGUUUCUGGAGGUGGUGCAAUUUAAUGAACCGACCGAGGCACUAUACGAGGCGCUCACUGCAGAUGACCAAUGGAGCUACCUUGCGCUUGGUGCGAAGGGUGGUAAGAAGACCUCGAGCAUGAGCACAGGACCGAAUGGGCGACCGAAGCGCGGUUUUCCAAAUGGCGAGCGAAGUGCGCAGUUACCCGAGAAGGGUGGCGACGAUAUCCCAUUCAGCCAGGAGCAGGAGGCUGAACUGAUAAACCAGCUCAAAGCCAAGAUGGCGGAGGUCGACAAGGCAUUAGCAGGGGAGAACAAGAAGAGGGAAGAGACGGAGGCCAAACUUAAGUCGCUAAGGGAAGAGCUUGGACAUGAGGCUGCCCAACAGGCGGCGCAACAAGCGAGCGGGGACAGAAGUCGGAGGAGGUGA